AUAUUUACUAAUUUGUAUACACAAUACUUUAUAAAAGGAAGUUAAUUUUUUCAUAUUUUCUAAUUUUCCCAGUGCUUUAAAUUAUCAAUCGAAGAAAAUAACAAGUAUAACUGGAAAAAUGGUAAACUAAUUGGAGAACGAAGUCCUUCAGUCAACGAAAUCAUUUUUAACUUCAUUUCUAUCUAUUUGGAGGUUAAAUUUUACGGGUGAUCACAAUGACUUUCAACUUUCAGUUUGGAUUUAAUAUGUUCCCGGAUAAUCCACGGCCAUUUAAUACUCAAUAUAAAUGCUUUUCCGUGUCUAUGUUGCCUGGAAACGAAAGAGAAGAUGUUGAACGAGGUGGAAAAAUUAUAAUGCCACCAUCAGCUCUUGACACAUUAACAAGACUGAAUAUAGUCUAUCCAAUGCUUUUUAAAUUAACAAAUAAAAAAACCAACAGAAUUACACAUUGUGGAGUUUUAGAAUUUGUUGCCGACGAAGGAAAAGUUUAUUUACCUUAUUGGAUGAUGCACAAUCUUUUCCUUGACGAAGGUGAAAUAAUAAAUGUGGAAUUUGUUUCUCUUCAAGUGGCGACUUAUGCACGUUUUCAGCCACAAUCUGAAGACUUUUUGGAUAUUUCAAAUCCAAAAGCUGUUCUUGAAAAUGGAUUAAGAAGUUUUGCUUGCUUAACAACAGGCGAUAUUGUUGCAAUUAAAUAUAAUCAGCGAAUAUACGAAAUGUGCGUUUUAGAAACAAAACCAGGUCCAGCUGUUAGUAUUAUUGAAUGUGAUAUGAAUGUUGAAUUUGCACCUCCAGUUGGUUAUAAAGAACCAACAAAAGCAAUUACAAAAGGUGAAAAUGAUGUGAAUCCUGAUGAUUUAAUGCCUGAACCUUUAGGAUUCGUUGCGUUUAAAGGCCAAGGCAAUAGACUUGAUGGAAAAAAGAAGAAAAAAGAGGAUUCAAGUCCAGCUGAACAAACGUCUAUUAAAUCUGCUUAUAUUCGUGGUAUUCCCGAUUACGAUUAUCAAAUAGGAACUCUCAAAUUUCUCCGAAAUGCUAAACCAACUAAUAACAAAGAGAUUAAGGAGCUGAAUGAGUUUAAAGCCUUUGCUGGCGAAGGAAACCUUUUGAAAAAAUCAAAAAAGAGAUAAGACGCCAAUGUGAUUUUCAAUUUAAAUAAAUUUUAUAGAUUUAGUUUGUAAGACUCGAUUAUAAUUAAAUCAACUUUGUAAUUUGAAAA